AUGGAACUCACAGAACCCAUGGAGCCAAUGGAACUCACAGAACCCAUGGAGCCGAUGGAACCCGCAGAGGAGAACCAGACGGGCCAGUGGAGAUCGGGCGUAGGCAGCUGGAGAGACUCUCUGCACUCUCAGCGGAAGCUGAAAGGAUCCAACGGCGAGCAAGGGAGCGAGCCUUGCAGGAGCCAGUUCGGUUUCCAAAGUCAGGAGGGCCACCGCCACCACCAGCGGGCCCAGAACCAGAGCAAGCUCCAGAGUGUCCACCGCCAGGACAAGAACGAGCUCCAGAGUGUCCACCUCCGGACCCAAUGCCGUGUGGUACGAAACUUCCUCUUCACACGCUGGACGGGGAACCCAGCAACGCAGCAGUGGCGGAACACAUCCGCCGGAAUGAGGAAGAGUAUGCUGCAAGACGUGCCGGUGCAAUUCCUUCAGGAGACGAAGCAAGAGCCAGGGAAUCCAAGGAAUUUGCUCGUGGAGUUGCAUACUUUCGGGCCAGGUACGGCCAGCGAAGCCAAAGCAGUGGAACAGCGAGUUCCAGCCGAGACACGGGGCCUGGGACCCUACAACCCAGGACGGGGCCUGGGACCCUACAACCCAGGAUGGAAGAUGCGAGAGCUGAACCAGGGAGCAGUUCCAGAGGACCACCUCCGAAGGAACGACCUGCUGGAAGCAAGGCGCCACCUCCAGAGCCAAAGGGACCACCACCGAAGCGAGUGGGAGCAACGCAAGCCACUACGCUCUACCCGAAUUCUCCUUGGAGGAGAACAGAAAGGAGAAGAAUGCGAGAAAGGGGCGAGGAGCCAAACCCUGGAAGUGAGGAAGAUGAAUGGGGAGAUUGGUCAGGACAAUGAGGUCGACUACCAGAAGGAGAAAGCAGAGAUCGACUACCAGGAGGAGAAAACAGAGAUCGACUACCAGGAGGAAUCAAAAUUCUAUGGCCUAUGUACAAACAAGAGCCUCUACUCCGACAAGACUAUGAAUGGAACAAGAGAUCCAUUGGUGAUGUGGAUUUGGACCAGCAUUCCAGGAGCAAAGAACCUCUACGCAAUGGCAAUGAUGCUUAUGCUUGGAGCGCUUGAGCAGAGGGGCACGGAGAGAUCACUUGCGUUCGUGUGCUUGUGUGAGAAAACAACAGAGAGGUUGGAGCAACAAGCAAGCAGUUCGGAUGAUCUGAACCGAAGGAUUGAAAGUGCGACAAAGGCGAUCAAGGCACCAGAUGUUUGGAACCCACAAGCCUCGGGAGAACAUCCACCGGAUUUUACAACCUGGAAACAUCAGUUUCUGAAUUGGCUAGGUUUUGCCGAUUCGCAGUACUCAGAAGCUCUAAGUAUGAUUGAAAGUCUGGGAGCAACGCCGAUCGAUGUUUCGACUCUCACUACAGUGGAGAGAGAACUUUCGACAAAGCUUUACCACAUACUGACUUCGUAUAUGCGGGGGGCAGCAACGCAACUGUCUCGAAAUUGGAGCAGGGAGCGAUGUGGGUAUCGUCUCUAUCAAAGUUUGCUUUGGGAAUACCAACCAGCCACCAAACAACGAGCUCUAACCCUCAGUCAAGCGAUUGGGAUGUUUCCCAACUUCGAUGGGGCCAAGAGCAUGGUGGAGCAGAUUGGUUCACUGGAAAACCUUGUUCGGGAGUACGAGAUCGCUUCAGGAAAGACCUACGAUCGAGAUUUGUUGAUGGGAGUUUUGCUUCGAUGUUCACCGAGGGCGAUUCGAGACCACCUUACUUUGACAAUGCCCGAAGGAACAAACUACAUGUCAGUGAAGCAAGCGAUUCUUUCAUACGAGCAAAGCAGCAAAACUUGGGAUUACCAGACGGUGUUGAAGCAAAAGACCUUGCAGAACACAGCGAGCAGUUCGAAUGCAGAUCAAGGACCAGCACCAAUGGAAGUGGAUGCAGUGUACGAGAAAGGAGGAGGAAAAGGAAACAAAGGCAACAAAGGAAACAAAGGAGGAAAAGGAUCCUACUCGUGGUCAAGCUUUGGAGCAGGAUUUCGCCAAUGGAGAAAAGGUGGACGAAAAGGAAGCUACAAAGGAGGAAAGAAAGGACGAGGCAAAGGUUUCCACAAAGGAGGAAAGAAAGGCGGAAAGAAAGGUGGAAAGCAUGGCAAAGGAGGAAAGAAAGGUGGAGGAAAGAAGUUGGACAGAGAUGUUUGCCGAUUCUGCAAGCAGCGAGGACAUUGGGGAAACGAGUGUCCAAACCGCAAUGUUCGAGAAGUGCAGGCGAGCGAGGCCAGCACCGAGGUACCCCACUCGACAGUCGAGUCUGUUACUCCGUCGCAGAGUGCGAGCCAAUACAGGAUAAGGAGAGUGAGGAACAUUGAUUUCCAUCACAUUGCGAACACACCACCUGACGGCACAGAGCACUAUGAGCUUAGCGAAGUUUCAGAAGAAGAAGGUGAUUGGUUCACCAGAAGGAUAGAGGUGCAAGGACCAGAGUGCUACUACAUCGGGGAUGAUAGUGAGAACAAACAAGAUCAUGAGAGUGAUGAGCUGUAUCAAUGGUAUGAAAACAGCUUGGAAAGAGUUCAAGGAGGAUUGGGACCUCCAGGAGGAUUGGAACCUCUGAGUCAGGGAGGAUCGGAACCUCUCAAUGUGCGAAUGGUCCAGUUGGACACAAAGCAACAUGUGGUGAUCUUGGAUUCAGGAGCAGAUGUGAGUUUGUUACCACGAAGAUUGUCGGAUGCAGGCGUCGAAGUUUCGACCCCAACCUCUCUGAGGUUGCAGGACGCACAAGGGGGUGCGAUGCGAGUUGAAGGUAUGCGGCGAGCAGUUUUGCAGUUCAGUAGCUGCAGUGUGACUGAGGACUUUGUGUUGUCGGACACCAAUAACAUCUUGCUGUCUUUAGGAAGGCUACUCAAAAAUGGAUGGAAGUUUGUGUCAGUGGGAUGCAAACAGCGCCAAGGGGGCGAGACCUGGGGAGAAGAAACCCAGGCGGGGGAACUUGUAUCUCCCGAUGGUAAGGCACGGGUGCCUGUGGAAUACCAGAGGAAUAGCUUGAGAUUGACAGCGGAAGUUAGAGGAGUCGAGCAAGUCAGGGCAGUCAAGGUGACUUUGGCCUAUGACUUUGGUAAAGUCCCAGAGAAGGAUUGGAGCCUUCUACCGAAUGGAACGCCAGUCCAUCGCCAUUUUGGACUUGAGUUUGUAAAGCCACCGACAGGUACUUGGAAGUACAGGACCACCAUCGUGAAGGUGGGCAACGAAUGGGAAGUGAUUGAAGCAACGGAAUUGCUCGAGCGAAAAUCCGACUUGGAAGAUCGAAUACCGGGAUUGCUUUUUCGAUCAGAAAUUCUCACAUUCUUGCACAGGACACCAGAGUAUCUGGACAAGUGCUUGGUAGAAGAGGUAGCACCAGAAGAAGCACCAAAGGAGGAAGAAAAGAAGAUGGAAGAGGAGCCAGAAUGGUUUGGAAGAGAAAGAGGAGCUCCAGAAGAGUUGCAGGUGCCAGUGCCGAAAGGAGUUGUGAAGCAGCAAGGAAAGGCAGGAGGACACCAAGAGUUGGAACUCGACAUGGGAAGUACUAUUGUGGUGAAUGGAGAGUCACUCACAGCAACGAGUGAGAUUGAGAAGCUGCGAGAAGGUUGUCGGUAUUUGGGUUUGAGCGUCUCAGGGUCAAAGGUGAAGAUGUUCAGGAGACUGUGCAACUACCUCACCGAAGACAGAGAUGAGGACGCAGAAGAAGUUGCAGACAGGCUGAGGAAGCAAAGGCCCAAAGCAAGAACAAGACCCGGAGUGCCCGAACCGACAGAAGCAGAGAUUGAAGAGCAUAUGGCAACCCACAUGCCAAUGCAACCAUGGUGUGAUUUCUGUGCAGCAGCAAAGUCGAAACAGGACCAUACCCCACAAAGCAGUGAAGCAAAGUAUGAAGACCCAGGAAAACCAGUGAUCCAGAUGGACUUCAUGUACAUGGGUCAGAGCAGUGUGAGUCUGAUCAUUCUUGAUUCAUGGACUCGAUUUUCGUGGGCGAUUCCAGUGCCGGGGAAAGCACCGACGAAGAAGUUGGCCGAGAAAGUGGUGAAAUUUUCUCUCGAGAUGAACUACAUUUCCGAAGAAGGCAGGAAAAGCUGA